AUGGCAGCGGUUAAGUCUUGUGUAGAAGAGGAGAAGAUUGAUUGUGACCUAGACUUUGACAAGGUCAUUGAUGUGCAGCUUGACGAUAAUCAUUGUGCCAAACUCAAGGCGGGAUACGAAUCUCUUCUUUCUCGCGGAGCCCUCACAGUGACGGAAGCCGAUUUCACUCCGAACGAGACUGCGGAAUCCGAAUUUUUCCUUAGUCUGCUGAACUCCGCGUCUACGAAACGAGAGGCUAAAUCGUAUCUGGCUCGCCUGAAAGCACAGCAUCCUCCGAAAGCGCAGACAGAACCGACCACCGGACACUCGAAAGGAACGGUAACACAAUCGUUGCCAUCGGGUGUUAACCUGGGUUCAUUCUAUGGAGCCUCGCGAUCUGUGUAUGAUAGUCCGGUCUUCAGGCAUGACUCAACGCCUCUCCCGCCACCGUCGGAACUGCCAGAGGAAAGACUACACCUAGCCCUGAUUAAAAUCAGGACACCGCAGCUACUUGAUGACACUAUUAUUAAUGGAGUAGCCAAGACCCUUUCCCAGCUGAGCCGUCUAGGGAUGGCUUGCUGUGUUGUGGUUGACCCUGGAACUGCGGGCAAUGCCAACACCUUACGCAGGGUUGCUGCAGAACAAGCCGAACGUAUUUCAAUUGCAGUAGAUGCACAACCAGACUCAAAGUCUGCCCAUCUCGACUCGGUCUUGUCUCUGUCCCCGAUGUUUCCCGAACUUCCCACCGUUCUAUCCAGAAAGGCGCUCCUUAAUCCGCUCCGCGACGGCCAAAUCGUGGUUGUUGCUCCCAUUGCCUACACGGAAGAUGUUCCUAAGGCAGUUACUAUAUCUGCGAAUGAUGCUAUUCUGGCCCUCACGAAAGAGCUUGCCGGCCUGGCGAUGCGUCCCGACCCUGAUGAAGACCCUUGGCUGACCGCGCAGAAAAUUGCUAAGCUGCAAAAAGAGGUCUCUUUGGAUCGAGUAAUUCUCCUGGAUCCUCUUGGAGGAAUUCCUUCAUUCCGAGGCCCGCAGACAUCGCACGUUUUCAUCAAUAUGGAGCAGGAAUUUGAUGAUAUCAAGAAUGAGUUGCUUCACGUACAGUCCAGUGAAGCUUGUACAGCAACCACACCAAAAGGGGGAAAUACAUUCGUCGAGGAUCCUUUGGAAAGACACCUGGACAACCUGCAGCUGUCGCAAAAUGUGCUUGCUAUGCUCCCAUCGGCGUCCUCGGGGAUUAUUACCUCUCCGCUGGAAGUUUCGAAUUCAGCUAGGACACCCCAGGCUAACCCUUCGGAUGUAUCUGCUGUGGGCACCCGACGACAACGAAACCCACUCAUUCAUAACCUACUCACAGACAAACCACUGCUUUCCUCUUCACUACCCAUGAGUCGACGAGAGGCGAUGAACCGUAGACGUGGCUCCAUCAAUACCCCAAGUUCUCACACUACUUUUGUCAAGCGAGGCAUGCCUCUCACAAUGAUUCCCAAUCCACGAGUUGAGGUGUGGACAGCACAGAAUCGCCCACGGCUAUCGCUGGAUGAUCCAAGCAUCGACCUCCCGCGAUUAGUUCAGCUGAUCGAAGACUCCUUCAACCGUAAACUGGACGUCCAAGAUUAUCUCAACCGGGUUAACGAUCGCUUGGCCGGACUGAUUAUUGCAGGAGAGUACGAAGGUGGUGCCAUUCUUACGUGGGAGCUGCCGCCGGGUGUGGAAGAUGAUGGCAGCCCGGCCAGUGAAGCUCGGAUGGUUCCAUACCUGGACAAAUUUGCCGUCUUGAAACGCAGCCAAGGCGCCGGUGGUGUGGCCGAUAUUGUGUUCAAUGCUAUGGUUCGGUCAUGUUUUCCCAACGGGGUCUGCUGGCGCAGUCGCAAGGACAAUCCAGUAAAUAAGUGGUACUUUGAACGCUCGACGGGGACGUGGAAGCUAUCCGACACCAAUUGGACUAUGUUCUGGACGACUCCAGGAUUGACGGAGAAUUCGCAGAGGUUUUCUGAUUACGAGCAAGUGUGUCGGAGCAUUCAGCCGAGCUGGGCUGACGAUACGGGUGUUGUUGAUUGA